AUGCCUUUAGCAGCUUUAACACCUGUAUUAAAUGAUUUACUUAAAAAAGAAGGCGGUAGUUCAUCACAAUAUCCACAACGUUCAUCUCAACAACAAUUACCUAAUUCUAAUGAUGCACAAAAUUCUAGUGAUUACCUGCGUAAGCCAUCUACUGUUUCCAAUCAAUUGUCAUCAACAUCUAUUGAUGAUAGUCCUCGUCAUCAUUCAACGACUGCGUACAGGCUGAGCAAAUCAUUAACACGUGAAGAUUCGUUUUUACGAAGAUUUUCCAAUCGCUAUGGAUAUCGAGGAUUAGGAAAGAUGGAUCCAGUAAAACGAAAUCUUCAAUUAAAUAUUGAAAAAGAAGAACCAAUUAAAUCACAGUAUGGAUUUAUUAGACGAAUUCUUCGCACAUGUAAUUAUUUUGUUAUAUCAACAGAUGAAUCAUUUUUAUUUUAUUGGUUAAUUUUACUGAAUAUAUUUGUAUUAUAUAAUCUUUGGUUUUCUAUUGCACGUCAAGCAUUUGAUCCAUUACAACAAGACUAUUCAAAAUUAUGGGAAAUUAUGGAUUAUAUAGCUGAUACAAUUUAUUUUCUUGAUAUUUUUAUUCAAUUUCGAACCGGUUAUCUUGAACAAGGUAUAGUACAAGGAGUUGGAGCAAUUUGCCACUUCAAAUUACAUUUAUUUCAAGAAGAAAUCAGCGAGACUAAAACUACAAGUUAA